AUGCAAGCCUUUAGAUUCAACGACGUCUCGACCGGGCUUCAGCUCCUAGACGUGCCCAUCCCAGAGCCAGGCCCAGGACAGGUGCUCGUUGCUGUCAAGGCAGCCGGCCUGUGCCACUCGGACGUCCACGUCCUCCAGGGUGGCGGCCAGGAGUGGGAGUCGACCAAGCCGCUGACCCUGGGCCACGAGGUGGCCGGCACCAUUGUCAAGCUGGGGCCGUCCAGCUCAGACUCGCCCUCGGGCUCGCCCUUUUCUGUCGGUGAUCGCGUUGCCGUCGCCCAGAUCUGCCAGCCGACCGACGCCAUGGACUGGACCAAGGCCGUCGGUGUCGGCUUCGACGGCGGUUAUGCCCCCUAUGCCCUCGCCUAUGUCGACCAUCUGUGUGCCAUCCCGGACGGCGUCAGCUUUGCCCAGGCUGCCGUGGCCACCGACUCGAUCGCGACUGCGUACCACGCCGUCGUCGCCUCGGCCGCCGUCCAGCCGGGCUCGAACGUCGCCAUCCUCGGCCUCGGCGGCCUUGGAACCAAUGCUGUCGCCGUCGCUGCUCAUCUCGGCGCCCACGUCUAUGGCGUCGACGUCAAUCCCGACAGCUAUGGCCUCGCCACGCGCCUCGGCGCCGUCGCCUGUGCCGCCUCCAUCGACGCAUUCCAGCACGUGACCCUCGACGCCGUCAUCGACUUUGUCGGCCUGCCCGCCACCGUCAAGGCCGCUGUCACGGCCGUCCGCAUCGGCGGCACCGUCGCGCUUGUCGGACUUGGCGCCUCCAACGUCGAGAUCCCUUUCGCCAUCGUCAUCCUGCAUGCCGUCAACAUCGUCGGGUCCAUCGGCGCCUCGCUCGACGAUCUGCACAAGGUCUUCGCCCUCAUCGAGUCCGGCCAGCUAAAGCCAAACAUCUCUGAGAUCCCCUUUGCCGACAUCCCCAAAGGCUUGGACGAUCUCGCCUUCAAGUACUCGCCAAUCCCGGCCCGAGUUAAUAGUCUGUGGUUGGCGACUCUGACGACGACGCUGAAAGCGGCAUACAAGCAGACACGAGACACGAGACACGAGACACGAGACACGAGACCCGAGACCCGUCGCCUCAGCCACCCAGCGCCCGUGCCCAUCAUGUCGGCCGAGAUGCUGCCCAUCAGCCCAGCGCGCUUCGCCGAGGCCAUUCAGGACCUGCCGCUGUCCAGCCUGCACCUCAAGGUGCUCGAGAUCCGCAACGACAUUGCCCACCUCGACUACUCCAACGAGCAGCUGCUGCCGUACGCCCAGGGCCACGCGGCCGUCCUCGAUGCCGGCGCCGCCACCGCUGCCGACGUGCGCGCCCAGGAGUUCGCCCAGCCCGACCAGGACUGCAUCGACGCCAUCCGCGAGAACCAGGGCGUCAUCGAGCGCAAGCUGGAACAGAUCCGGCUGGUGCGCGUCGAGGUCGAGAAGCGCGGCGCCAGCUGGUCCGAGCUCCUCGGCAAGGAGGAGGUUGAGCUACAGCAGGCCGAGGCCCGGCGGCGCGCAGAGACGGCCGCCUCGGCCCUGACAGCUGCCCAGGCGGCCGCCACAAACGGCACAAAUGGAACGGCGGCCCAGACCAACGGGUCCGACCCCUGGUCCGACGGCACCUUCUUGACCGGCACCAUACGCAACGGCGUGCUGCAGAUGGCUCCGCCAGGACGGCCACAGGCACCGCAGACUUUGGAGACAUCGCAGACGGGCGGCCGUCUGACAGACGAGCAGCUGCGCAGCGCCCUCGAGCAGCAGCUGCGCCUCGACGAGAACGACCAGGACGACAUUGGCAUGCACCUCUGA